CUUGUCCUACCCAAAGUGAAUACUGUAUGUGAAUGUAUGUAUAAUGAUACUUUCCCUACACUCCUAAGCUUAGGCCUAUUUUAUAUGUACAGUACAUACAUGUAUUUCUGUUUUCAUCAAUUUUCAUCAAUUAGGGCUAUUUGUAACCAGGACCAGGAUGGUUAUGAUAGAUUUUGUUAUUUAUAUAAAUGGGCCGAGCUUUGUAGUUUUUCCUUUUUUUUUUUUAACUUUUCAUAGAUGGAGGGGGAAGGAAGAAACGGUUGCCCUCGGUUGCCCCAAAACUGCCGCUUGGUCAUCGAAAUUCAGGUCGGCCCACCG